AUGAGUCACCUCGCUCGCGCAGUCGUAGCUGCAGGUCUCACGGCCGCUGCAAAUGCUUCAUCCCUCGCCGAUGUCUGCACCAUCUCGAAUAUUCAGGCCGCUCUGCCUGCCAACGGUACUCUCCUCGGCAUCAAUCUGAUCCCGUCCGCUGUUACCGCAAGUGCUGUCUACAAUGCUUCCACUGGUAUGGCAGGCAUGGGCGGAGCAAGUUCUGGCAUCACCUACAGCUACUGCAACGUUACCAUCACCUAUACUCAUACCGGCAAGAACGAUGAGGUCGUUGUCAAGUACGCUUUCCCUCAGCCUUCUGACUUCAAGAAGCGCUUUUACGUCGCUGGUGGAGGUGGUUUCUCCCUUUCGAGCACCGCAACUGGAGGUCUCGAGUACGGCGCUGUCGGUGGUGCCACUUCUGCUGGAUAUGACGCUUUUGACUACAGCUACGACGAGGUCGCACUCGCUGGCGAUGGAUCCAUCAACUGGGACGCAACAUAUAUGUUCUCCUACCAGGCUCUGGGCGAGAUGACCAAGGUCGGUAAGUAUAUUACCGAAGGAUUUUACGGCAUGAACAACACCAAGAUCUACACCUACUACGAGGGCUGCUCUGAUGGUGGUCGCGAGGGCAUGAGCCAGGUCCAACGCUUUGGAGAUGAAUACGAUGGAGCUAUUACUGGUGCACCUGCCUUCCGCUUCGCUCAGCAACAAGUCAAUCACGUCUACCCGGCCACUGUCGAGCAUACUAUGGACUACUACCCUCCUCCCUGUGCGCUGGCCAAGAUCGUGAAUGCGACCAUUGCUGCUUGCGAUCCCCUCGAUGGUCGAACCGAUGGCGUCAUCUCCCGUACCGAUCUGUGCAAGCUACAUUUCAACCUGACUUCACUCAUCGGAGAGUCCUAUUACUGUGCUGCGGAGACUAGCUCAUCCCUUGGCUUCGGGUUCAGCAAGCGUCAGGCUGAGGGUAGUCAAACCAGCACCACUCCUGCACAGAACGGCACCAUUACUGCUCAAGAUGUUGCUGUCGCUCAAGCUGUCUAUGAUGGUCUCCACAGCUCGAAAGGAGAGCGUGCAUACCUCUCUUGGCAGAUCGGUUCUGAGCUUUCUGACGCUGACCCGACCUACAACACGAAUACCAGUUCUUGGGAGCUCAACAUCCCUUCGACCGGCGGCGAGUACGUGACCAAGUUUGUUCAGCUCCUGAACAUUGACAACCUCUCCGACCUUGAUGGUGUUACCUACGAUACUCUCGUUGACUGGAUGACCGUCGGCAUGGUCCGCUAUUUGGACAGUCUGCAGACCACUUAUCCUGACCUGACCACCUUCAAGGAGACUGGUGGCAAGCUCAUUCAUUACCACGGCGAAUCUGAUCCCAGUGUGCCUGCUGCUUCUUCAGUCCACUACUGGCAGUCAGUCCGCUCUGUCAUGUAUGGCCAUCUUUCGCACGAAGAUGCUCAGAAAGAGCUUCAGGACUGGUAUCAGUUCUACCUCAUUCCUGGUGCUGCCCACUGCGGAACCAACAGCCUUCAGCCUGGUCCUUACCCUGAGAACAACAUGAAUAUCAUGAUCGAUUGGGUCGAAAAUGGCAACAAGCCUUCGCGUCUGAAUGCUACUGUUUCAUCGGGCGAUUACGAGGGCGAGACUCAGAUGCUUUGCCAGUGGCCAAGCCGUCCUCUGUGGCAUGGAAACAGCACUUUUGACUGCGUACACGACAAGGCUUCCAUCGACAGCUGGACUUAUACCUUCCCAGCUUUCAAGACUGUUGUCUACUAG